GUUCUCUUUAACGGUCAACUGUGAACACAACGCAACCAACAGUCUCGGGCGGCGAUGCUCGCCGGAGUUCACAUGUUGGCCCUCUUGCUAUGAAAUCCAAAAGAAUUCGUAGGUAUCCUUGUGUUGUCCAAAAUUUUAUUAAUCUCACCUCACGAGGUCAACUCCGAGAAGCAGUUGACACUUUGCCUCUCCUGUCUCGCAAAGGAUUUUCUUUAAACUCCAAACUAAUUGCUUUGCUCCUUCAACAAUGUGCCAAGGAAAAAUCCAUUAAGGAGGGGAAAUGGGUUCACCUUCAUUUGAAGCUCACGGGUGGAAAGCACCCCAACACGUUUUUAGCCAACCAUUUGAUUAAUAUGUAUGCGAAAUGUGGUGAUCAUGUCAAGGCACGCGAGGUGUUCGAUAAAAUGCGUGGUAGGAAUUUGUAUUCUUGGAACAUUAUGCUCUCAGGAUAUGCGAGUCUGGGGAUGGCGAAGGCGGCAAAAAGAUUAUUCGAUAGAAUGCCUGAAAGGGAUUUUGUGAGUUGGAACACGAUGGUGAUGGCGUGUGUGCAGAGUGGGUGGUUUGAUCAGGCUUUGAGAUUUUAUAUGGAGCUGAGGAGGUUACAUAUUGGGUUUAAUGAGUACAGUUUUGCUGGGGUUCUGACGGUUUGUGUUAAGUUGAGAGAGUUGUGGUUUGCCAAACAAUUGCAUUGUCAAGUUUUCCUUAUUGGGUAUUUGUCUAAUGUGGUUCUUUCGAGUUCCAUUCUGGAUGCAUAUGCAAAAUGUGGUGAAAUGGGGGAUGCUAGUAGGUUGUUUGAUGAGAUGAGAAAGAAGGAUGUUCUUGCUUGGACCACUUUGGUUUCGGCCUAUGCACAAUGGGGGGAUAUGAAAGCAGCUAGGCAAAUUUUUGACUCAAUGCCUGAGAAGAAUUCUGUUUCUUGGACUGCCUUGAUUGCAGGGUAUGCCCACAAUGGGAUGGGGCGUCAUGCCCUUAAGUUAUUUGCUGAGAUGGUCAUGCUUAAUGUAGAACCUGAUCAGCUUACACUUAGUAGUUGCUUGCUGGCUUGUGCUAGCUUAAUUUCCCUCAAGCAAGGCAGGCAACUUCAUUCACACAUGAUAACUGCUGGUAUUAGGCCCAACGUAGUAGUUGUGAGCUCUCUCAUUGACAUGUAUUCAAAGUGUGGAAGCUUAGAAGUGGCAAAAAGAGUAUUUGAUACAAUUGAAAACAAGCAGCAUGUCGCGUUGUGGAACACCAUAAUAUCUGCAUUAGGACAUCAGGGGUGUGGUAAACAAGCAAUAAAACUUUUUGCGGAUAUGGUGAGGUUAGGUGUGAAACCAGAUGGUGUCACCUUUCAUGCCCUUCUUAGUGCAUGUAGUCAUUCAGGGCUUGUGCAAGAAGGGCUUUGUUUGUUCGAGUCCAUAAUGCCAGAUUACAAUAUUAUUCCAGAUCAGGAGCAUUAUUCGUACUUGAUUGAUCUACUAGGCCGGUCAGGAUUGUUCGACGAGUUGACAAAUCAUCUGAAGAAGAUGCCAUGUAAACCUGAUGAUCAUGUUUGGAAUGCUUUACUUGGUGUUUGUAGAAUUUAUGGAAAUGUAGAAUUGGCUAGGCUAAUGGCAAGACAUCUUGUUGCACUGGAGCCUCAAUCCACUGCAGCAUACCUUCUGCUAUCAGGGAUGUAUGCUGCUCUUGGUAGGUGGGAAUCUGCAGAAGAAGUCAGACAGCUUAUGAACGCGAGACAUCUGGAGAAAGACCAAACCCUUAGUUGGUUAGAAAUUGAUAGAAAAUUGCACGUAGACACCAAAAUUAAUAAGUCAUGUCAUCCUGAAAAGGAAACAACACUGGUAUUUGAACUAUUACAUGAUGGCAGCUCAUUAUAUAAUGUUGAAAGGUAAAUAUUCUAAUCUGUUUGUCUUCACCCGUUUAAAGAAGACAGGUGGGAGAACCUUUCACGUUUUCUAGAACGACCAUUUUUUUUUGCGACCCCUCUCUAUAUCACAGAUAUCUUUCUGUUUUUGUUAUCUUAGUAACUUUGUGAAAAUUUUGGAUGGAGGGACUCUCUGAACUUCUGUUCUAUUUUAUUAGCUCCACUAAACUUUCUAAAGUGGCAUAAAAUAUUAGUCGGUCAUUCACUGUUA